AUGACAUUCAUAAUAUUUUAUCAUUUAAGUCCUAAUACAUAUCUUAUUUAUUUUAUUUAUAUUAUAAGACUAACCCUACUUGACUUUUAUGAAGUCAAGUGAUAAUUCUCUCAUAUUUUCUUGAUAACUAUUUAAUUGUAAAGACUCAAGUGAGCUUUUAUUAUGAGUUGGAAGUAAUAAAAGAAGCCCAAACCUUCAGCCCAAUAAAAAACCCAAGUCUUAUGGAAAUGACCAAAUUAAUAUGUUUAUGGGCCCAAGAGAAAGCAUCACUUUAGCUUAGCUCAUUUGAACUUAAAAGGGCUAUCAAGAGAUGAGAUCUAGGCCACCCAUCUUAGGGCACCUUAAGAUGAGACUAAGAAAAGGACUAGAGCACUACUUUCAUGGAAUGAUCUGAGCCGUUUACCUAGAGAGUCAGUUAUUAAUCAUAACCGUCCAUUGGAGGGACUUAAUUCUCAAGAAAAUUAAGACAUCUCGUCCCCCUCUUAGAGAGUGCUUUUUGGCUCUCUCUGUAGUAGUGGCUAGCUGAAGGAAAUAAGAAGAAAAUCAAGGCCCGAUUAAUGAUAUUCUCAUACCUAAGAUCAUCAUGGAAAAGAGAUUAUUUGGAGCACAUCAAGAUUGUCACUGAUCAAGCAUCACUUGGCUUAGGGUUGGUGCACAACAAAGUUUUUGUAAAAUCUAGAUUUGGGGCAUCCUUAUAAUUAUCUCCAUAGAUAGAUUAACUUUUAAUUUGAAUUAGUUUUAUUAUUUAUUCCAUCAUUCUAUUGUGUUAGAUUCAUUCUCUCUCCUUUGUCAUGCUUUUCAUAACUCUUGUCUUCACUCUUUUACAUUUAAUUCCACACUUCACAAUCUCACGUAUAUAUAUAUAGAUAAGAAAUAAAAUAAGUAUAAUUCAUACUCUUAUUACCCAUGCUCUUUGAGGAUCGACCUUUACUUAUCCUAAAUAGAAGAGUGAGCUUUUAUAUUAUUUGCAUAAACUUAGUUACAUCACGAUAAUAAAUUUAACCUCCAAUUCGAGUUCAUCAACCAAAUACAAAAAGUAGUAUAAAAGAAUCACUUCUCAAAAACCUAAGGAACAAAUCUUUGAUCUUGACCUUCCAAGAUCUCAAAAUAAAUCCUUAAUCAAAGAAAUCUUUCUUGGAAGCUCUCUCUCAAAUAGUGCCAACAAACCUCGGGAAACAUGCCAAAUGAUUUUCCCUUCUUCCGCCUGCACCGUUCCACCUCGUGACCCAUUCAGCCCAUAUAUGGGCCGCUGAGUCCGUGAUAAGAGUCCAUAUAGUAGUUGUAGAAUGGCUUGCCGGAGAGAUUCUAGUUGUCAGGGUUUUGGCUUCAGGAGGAAGACUUGUUUCUCCAAGUACGCUCUUCUCCAUGGCCGUGGGGCGCCGAACAACCCAAUGUCGACCUACAUCAAGGUCCCAGCAUCAAUGGACGUCAGGGAAGGAGAUGGUGGGGCACUGA